AUGCCCUGGCGUCAAGGAGGGUUGUAUGGCGGAAAUGGUGUCACUGGCAAAGGUUUGAUCACUCACGAGGAGAUGGCCUUGCAACAGGUUUUCCAAGAUGAGGCACGACACGCGGCCCUGGCCUGGCGCACGGUCCAGUGGGCCUUGCGCAGCGAUGGCAGCGAUGGCAGCGAUCGCAGCGUGCGUGAGGUGUUGCAGAGGGCAUUGCGUCAUUUGAGCCGUGCGACUCCAUCCGAGAAGUUUGAGAAGUCUGAGACCGCAGCGCUACAUCACGAGGUCAUGAGACGCUCCACCAUCCCCUGGCUUCGAAGUUUGCUUCAGACCCAAACCUUCAGCCUUGCUGCCGAGCCAGAAGCAGAGAGCGUACCUGCACAAGCCGCCUCCGCAACUGCAAAGGCUGUUGCUCAAGCGUUGGGGGUUGGAAGUGCAGUGACGGUGUAG